UUUUUAGCGCUGACAAGCCAGUCACACGGCUCAGCCAAGACGGCCAUUAUUGUGAAGGAAGUUCUCCUUUUUUUAGUAUUUCGAAAAUAAUUCUUUCUGCGAAAAAUGUCAAACGAAGUUCAGACUUUAAUGGAGAUGGGGUUUCCCCAGAAUAGAGCUGAAAAAGCACUGGCGGUGACUGGAAAAAGAGGGGUCGAGGCCGCUAUGGAAUGGCUUUUUGCACAUUCUGAGGAUCCAGAUAUUGAUGAACCUUACAAGCUCCCACAAGGCCACAAGCUUGGCUCUGCUGAUGACACGGCCCCGCCCCAAGAGGCCAUGUGUGCGGCUGCACCUGGUGAUUCCCAGUCAGUGGGGGAUCAGGAAGAAGGUCAGGGAGGGGAGAGUGGGGAGGCAGCCCCUCAGCAAGCACUCUCACUUGUCUGUGAUGAUUGUGGAAAGAGACUGCGAUCAGAGAAUGAUGUCCAGUUUCAUGCAGCACGCACUGGACAUGCAAACUUUUCAGAGUCAACAGAAGAGAUCAAACCAUUAACAGCAGAGGAAAAACAGAGAAACCUUGAAAAAUUACAACAAAAGAUAAAAGAAAGGCGACAGGAAAAAGCUGAGAUAGAAAAAAAGGAAAAGCUUGAGAAAGAAAAGAUUCGAAGAAAAACUGGGAAAGAGAUUACUCAGAUAAAACAACAGAUGGAAUUGGAUGAAGCUAAGAAACUAGCAGAUUUUAAAAGGCGAGAAAAGCAAGAAGAAAAGAUGGCAAGGCAGAGAGUGAGGGAGAAGAUUGAAAAAGACAAAGCUGAAAGGGCAAAGAAGUUUGCAAAAUCUUCUGAAAAGGAGACAUCUGAAGCCGCUGCCCAACCUUCACCAGUAGUGCCGCAGGCUCAAGCUCCGCCUAAAGACUACAGCAUGUGUAAAAUACAGUUUCGACUUACAAACGGCGCGACAAUGACGGGCUCGUUCCAGGCCACUGACACACUGUCCGCGGUCGUAGCAUACGUGCAGGGUAACCGAACAGACGGCAUCGCGCCGUUCGCUCUUAUGACGUCUUUCCCGCGCAAAACCUUCUCGCCCGCCGACAUGAACACGACCCUGAAGGAUGCUGGUCUAGUUCCGUCGGCAGUGUUGAUUCUUACGAAGACGUGAACUCGCGAACUGUGCGCAUGCGUGUUGUGCUUGCUUGUUGCAUUUGAUGAUAAUGGAGUAUUUAAAUGGACAAUACACCAAGUCGUGUAUUAGCGGCUUCAAAUGUGUUGGUGUCAUUUGCAAAACAAAGACAAUGGGAACACAGUUCCAAAGCAAGGUCUUAUGGAUAAGAACAGGCCUCGCUUUUGGCAUACAAAACUAAAAUUUAUAGUUCGCACAUUGCGUGUCAUAAUGAAUAUUCACCUGUUUAUUUAUCAAAAUAUUCAGAGAUAAAAAAAACCUUGUACAGUUGUCUGCAUUUAAAGAGCGUAAUAUUUUAACCUUUACAAAUAUUUCUAACCAAUGGCCCUUGUUUGUAUGUGAAACCGCAGUUCGGCCGAAACCAUGCCGGUCUUCAACUAUUCAUAAAUUUAUCAAUUCAAUAUUUUAUAUCGUCGAAACCGGGUUUUGGGGGUAGACAUGACGGAUAACCCUGAAUAUGCGCAUUUCGGAGAGAUGGUGAAAGAAGAUACAAUUUCUUACAAUGGCCAUCAGUUCCUUGUAUUCAACACAAAUAACGAGCCGUAAAUGCACAGAUCAAGAUUUUGGUUUUUUAAGAAAUAGUAUUUUCUUUAAUCAUCCUGGCGCUAUGUAUGAGCUCAGGGACGAAAAACUCGAAUUUCAAUGACAUUUUACAAAAAGUAGCAUCAAUUUAAAACAAGUCGCAUUUGAUAUUAUACACUUAGUACUUAAGGGAAUUUUCUUCCUUUUAUGAUGUGAAAUGAGCAUAUUGGAAACGUCAAGUCAUGUUUUCCGUCAUGAGAUCAAACAGUCUUGGGUUAUCUGUGGUAUUUGUACCGUGUUCCUGGGUGUUAGCAAUAUUGGUACCUGUCAGUUUGUGUUUAUACCUGCUUCCUGUGCCAACCUAAAAAUAUGUUUGUAUAAAAUGUCGAUAAAAUGG